AUGCGUCGCCACCAGCAUAGGAGGCGAAACUUCUCGCUAGUUUUGAAUUCCGAUUCAGAUUCCAAUCUGGAUUUCGGAGAAGGCGAGGAAGAAGAUGAUGCGGAGGAAGAAUCCGCAUCGGGGCGCCGCCGCCGCCGGAGGAUGAAGAUGAAGUGCCUCUCGUGCAAGGAAGACUACGACGGCGAGACGGAGGAGGAGCUAAAGCGCGAGAUCGAAGACCUAAAGUCCAAGGUCAACUUCCUCCGGCUGCUGUCCGUCGAGCCCGGGCUCGUCGGCCCUAAUUCGAUCAUCCAGCCGAAUACGCCUUGUUCCUCUUACGUCGUUCUGGUGGCAUCCGGUUCGCCGAACUUAUUCGAUUAG